UUAUGUCAUAUUUCGGUGAUCCAUAGAUGGACGAUCCAUUCAUUGUCACGAGGGCCGCAACGUCGGAGGCUUGCGAUAUCCUGGACCUAAUGUGGGACGCCUAUUAUCCGGAUGAGCCGACCACGUCCUUCCUUGGUCUAGGUCGGAACAGGAACUCGGUGUUCGAUGAUCAAGCUUUGAAAGUCCUCGCCCAGGGAUACAGCAUAGUGGCUAGGUGCAAAUACAAUGGAUCACUGGUCGGAGCCUCGCUGAACUCAAUAACCGUGCCUUGGGAUCCGAAGAUGACUGAGAAGUUCGCAUGCACGUUGAGCGACGAUAAGAUGACAAAGCUGUUCAUGUUCUUUGCUUAUCUCCAAAAGGUCCCCAGAUUAUGGGAACGAUAUUGCGACCUGCAAGUUUUUGAAAUGGCGAAUGUUUUUGUGAGGCGAAGCGAUAGGAGGAAAGGAGUAGCUGGAAGGUUGGUCAGAGCGUCGCGUGAUUUAGCUGCAGAUACUGGGUUUAGGAUUGUCCGCGUUGACGCAACAAACGUCCACACGGCUACGCUGUGCGACCGUUUGAAAAUGAGGAUGGUUUACGAACUCCCUUAUUGCUCUUAUUUAGGCGAAGAUAAUAAUCCAGUCAUCGACCCACCGAAACCAAAUACAUCAGUAAAAGUCUACAUCGACACACCACUUUCUUGGACAAAUUAA